CACGCAUUCAAAAGACUGGAUAAUUCACCAUUCAACUUAGAAGUAAAUUAGGGCAUGUAACAAGAACCUUGAACACUACUCUAUAGUUUACCACGGCAACAGCAAAGGAAACCUCAUUGCAGCGAUUAGUAGUUCUCAGUCUGUUUGCUGCACCUAACAUACAGGAAAUUAUAUUCUCGCAAGAAGAUGCGUCUGAUGUAUUUGUUAGCUGUUUUGGUCUACGUAUUUGUUCCCACUGUUUACGGCUACCCAUCGGGCGCCCCGAUUGAAGCGUGUGAAAGCUUAACUCCUAGACAUGGUAAAAAUCAACCACAACCAUCUCGUUAUUCGCCAUUCAAGAUAACCCAGUCAACAGAUCAAUACGCACCAGGAGAUGUUGUUACAGUAAAAAUUCGAGGAUCUCGGGAUCAUAGUUUCUCUGGCUUUUUUGUGAAAGCUUAUGAUCCGGCUACUGGAGCUCCUAUUGGAAAAUUUCAAGACGGUAAAGGACUAAAGAUCUACAACAGUGAAACUUGUAGUGGCGCUACUCAUAGUGACAACGUAAGAAAACGUGGUGCGGUCCUCGUAUGGGAAGCUCCCCAGUCAAAAGGCCGCGUAGCAUUCAAGGUAACAGUUUUGAAAAGGUUCAGUGAAUUUUACACCAACCUGGAGCCAAGUUUGGAAUGAAGUGUAUGAAAGCUUCACCUAUUUUCUGAUUCAGAAAACUUUUGCGUGGAAUGCAUUUAAGGUGACGGAAACGUAGCUAUAAUGCAUGUUGUUCAAAACAUAUGCAAGAAAAAAAAA